AUGGAAAUUAAAACGAAGAGGAGUUUUAUUGUAUUAAUAUGCAACGAAAAGUAUGAAUCGCCACUGACUGAAGUUACUAAGCGUGAAUUAUUACUUAAUCAAUUUCUAAUUCCUGUCAUAGAUUUAAAUAAGGAAGAAAAAUCAAGAUACCAACUUCGUAGAAGAAGAUUAUCGAACAAUCCAAACUUUGCUUUGAACUUGGAUAUGGGCUAUCAGAUCAACGAGGGUAAAGUUGUUGAUGAAACGCCAUCGCCUAGUUCUUACAAAUUUUCAACAAAAUCUAAAGAGAAUUUGAAUUCUGCUCUCCAAGAAUUUCGAAACAAACAGCAAUCGUUUGACAUACAGAUAGAAGACUGCGAAGAGGAAGAAAUAACAAUAUACAGUGAUGACGAAGCAGAGCCUGAAAAAGCGGGGCCAUCAUGCGCCUCUAACCGUCCCAUAACACCAACGCCCGUUCAGGAUUUCGGCACUAAUGUAGUUUAUACUGAAGGUCCGCAAGCCACAGAUUUCCUCAAGGUAAAAACAAUUGAACACGAAUGCUAUACAGAUGUGUCAGACGCUGACACUGAGGAAGAGGAAUAA